CGUUGACAAGUUAGGCUUUUUGGAGCAAGGAUGUGUAUACAUCGUGCAGAAACUUCUCUUUAUUUAAAGACUGCAGAAACAAGUCAAAUACUCAUUGAAUAACUUGAAGAUUAGUAAAAAUGGUGGUUUUCGGUUUCUGUGUCCUCGCUAACGCAGAUGUUUUAAGCAAUUAAAAUUCGAAAAUUGUGAUCCUUCGAUCCGAAGUCUGGUGUUAAUUCUUGCAAGGGAUAGCUUCUCUCCGAAGUCUGGUGUUACUUCUGCCAAGGGAUAGCUUCUCCCUGAAAGCUGGUGUUACUUCUCCAAGGGAUAGCUUCUCUCUGAAAGCUGGUGUUACUUCUUCCAAGGAAUAGCUUCUCUCUGAAGUCUCCUUUCAGAAUGAUACAGUAAUUUGGAUUAGGACGCUGUGGUGUCUGGAUGUCGAGCUGUAAAAGCGUAAUCCGAGUUGAAUUAAAGAAAACGGAAGUUGUCUGGUUGGUGAUAAGCCUGUGCAUAACUUGUGCUCACACAGGAACGGAAGUCAUAAUCCUUAUCUUGUUUAUGAACUGAAUAAAAAUGGUGUACGUUGGCUGUAAUGGACGGUAUAGACAAAUGGAGCAAGCGAUCACUACAAUGUUCGUAUAAUUAGUGUAUGUUUGUAUGUAUGAAGUUAGAAUAAAAUUAACAUGUUUCAAUGUACGCGUGGGCGACCAGUAAUAUAUUAACACUAAUUAAUAUGGACACGCGCGUGUCAUGUGAUCCGAAUAUUUUUAAUAAUUAAUAUAACCAGAUUCUAUUCUGAUUCUCGUAAACUGAGGCCUGGUCAUCUAAACUUGGUUUUACAACAAAAACACGAAAUAGUUUACCAAAAGAUCCAGAAGCGUGUUAAAAAUCUAGAAAUAUUUGCGAAUAUGAAGUGAGAUAAAUUGGAUUAAUGUUAAAAUGUGUUGAAUUUAUUGCGAGGGAUACAAAAUAUUCUGAAACUAUGUGUUGUCUAUUAUGUGUUUUAUUUUUAAAGAUAAAGAUCGUGAUAAUGGCGGACAACUGUUUCCUAAACUCAUUUAAAUCCAGCUCUUUCUAACUCCUAGUUUUCUUCUGAAUUAAUUGUGUAUGAUUUUAUCUCCUUUUGUUAAAUAUCGUUAUUCUGAACAACAUACGAUUGUAUCUACUACUGUUAAAUACCGUUAUUCCGAACAACAUAGAGGGAAACACUCCGUUUUAUGGACUGGAGUUUAUUUUCAAACUAAUUGUAGCUAAUCGUGGUUUUAUUCAAGGUUUCGGUACUCUUACAAGUAUCUUUAUCAAACAGUCGUGGUGUUAUUGAAUGAUAAGAGUUGCUUCAGUAUCUGUAAGUGGAUGAUUGAACUGUUGUAAAAAUAAUUAUUAGAUAACGAAAUGAAUAGUGAAAUACAGUGUCGUUACUAAAAUAAUUGUUUUAAAUAACGUUAUUCCAUGAAAACAUUUUUCAUGUUGUUGAAUAGCGUAUUGUCAAGAACUUUAUUCAAUCAGAACAUUUCUAAAUAUUCCAAAAGUGUUCUUCAGUUGUGCGUCGUCGUUAUUCGGUGUGGAAUUGUUCAAUUGUGUCGUAACGUUAUUCGACGGUGAAUUGUUUAAUAGUGUCAUAACGUUAUUCGACGAGGAAUUGUUUAAUUGUGUCGUAACGUUAUUCGACGGUGAAUUGUUCCAUGGCGUCGUAACGUUAUUCGACGGUGAAUUGUUUAAUAGUGUCAUAACGUUAUUCGACGAGGAAUUGCUUAAUUGUGUCGUAACGUUCGUUAUUCAGUGAGAAAUACAAUUGUUCAAAAGUGGCUUAACGUUAUUCGAUGAGGAAUUGUUCAACAAUAAAAUGGCAUCCUAUGGAUUAAACGGCACGUUAUUGGAAUAGCUGUUGUAAGCGUUACUGAAAGAAAGAUUUAUUCGAUUAACGAUUAUCUUAUGUUGAAUGUGACGUGGGAAGAUAAGCAUCAGUGAACUGUAUGAUUAAACUUUAGAUUUAUUAUACGAUUCAAUCAGAUCACAGACAAACGAUUCCGCGAAGCCCGAUUAGAAUAAUAGCACGUGGCAUGUUCUAAUCACGCGGUUUAUCACCUAAUAAGGACAGGUAUAUACUUGAUGUAUGAUAACAGAUCAAUGAAAUAACCAUUGUUAUAAGAUAUAGAUAAUCUCUACAGUAGAAAGUUUAAUCUUCGACAAAUAUUUAAAAUAUUGUCACUUUGGACUAGAUGAGGAUAAAUUUAGACGACUCCGACUUUUGAUCCGCAGCGACAAAGUGUGAAGUUGUUGACUUAACUAAACUAGGAGUAGAGUGGAAUUAAAUGUAACUGGAGCACUUUAAUCUGAUAAAAAUAAAUCAUAUGACGAGAUUGCAACAAUAUCUGUUUACACAUUUGUCACGUGACCUCUGAUAUUAAGUACUUAUAUAUCUACGGUUAUAUGUAUAUAAGUAAAUUAUAGUUGACAACCAAUCAUAGAUAGAUACAGCACGAGACUAGUGACCUAUAAAUAACUCGGAGUUUCCUUUUGAUAGGGGUCUAUCCCAUCUGGUUUGGUUGGAGUUGUCACAGGGGGGAACGGAGUGUUUUAUUAAUGGUUAGAUACUUAUAACAGUCGCCUUCGUAUACAUACAAAGUAGAAAGGACAUUACAAAUAGUUUUAGUGGGAAAGUGAACGUGCAAAAUGAUGGAGGAUUUCAUUCCUUUAAGCUCGAGCCUGGAGCGCGAGCAGUAUACUCUACAGCGAUUGAAUUCGUCAGGAGAGGAAAGUGAUGCAAGUUACGAUGAUUUAAGAAGUAUAAGUCCGUCAAGUAUGUGGAGUUUAGACAGUUUGGAGGACGAGAUAUUUUUGGAGUAUUUAUUUUCACAAGGUGUCGUGGAAGACGCCAUUCAAAAUACGAAACAGUCGGGGGUAAGUUUACCUAAUGAAGUCAACCAUUUUCAAUCCGACCAAACUUUAGCGGCAGUGCCAGCUAACGUUACGCAUACUCCGUCAAACGAUGUUUUGUUGGGACAAGUUAAUUCGUUACCUUCCAUAGAAUCCCUCCAGUCCUUCAGUGUUGGGGACGGACAUGUAACAAGCCAACCACAGAGCUGUAACAAUCAAAACUCUUUCGCUAACAAUUCCAACGAGCUGGUCGUUCUUGGCGUCGGACUACAAAACCUGAUGCACACAUACGCCAGUAAACCUGUUACCACAGAAACCAAAAAACCCGUCCAGUCCCAGCAGGCACCAGUCUACUUCCGUCAACCAACAACAUUCCAUCCAGCACCCACUGUAACGGUAACUAACGCUACCAGAAUACAAAAUAUCCACGCCAAGUCCCUAUUAUGUCAUCCAGUCGUACAUGCAGACGUAAAUGUUCGAGUCACCAAGCCAACGACCCCUCGACAGCCCCGACACACGUUGUCGGAUGAGAUUAAAGUCUACCACUGCACGUAUAAUGGUUGUACGAAAGUGUAUAGCAAGAGUUCCCAUCUUAAAGCCCACCUUCGACGUCACACGGGCGAAAAACCGUUUGAAUGCACGUGGACAGGAUGUGGAUGGCGAUUCUCUCGAUCCGACGAGUUGGCCCGACAUAAGCGAUCACAUUCCGGCAUAAAACCCUACCAGUGUAAACUUUGUGAAAAACGAUUCUCUCGUUCCGACCAUCUCUCCAAACAUUUAAAAGUUCAUCGUAAGCGUUAAACGAAAGCGAAAGCGUCGAUUAGAGAAACUAAAUCUUUACGUUUUCUCUCUUCAAUAGUUUGUCAGAAAUACUCGAUUCACAGCGGCCAACAGAACUAUAAACAGUGCUUAUUAAUUUAUAAAUCCCAAAUCACCAAACAUUUAUAUUAUGUGCUAAAAACAGUGUUAUGUUAAAAUACACACACGUGUGUGCGUGUGUGUGUACGUGUGCACCUUAUAAUGGAUCACGUGUUUAGUCUCCCAAUCCAUAUUUUACAUAUUACACGUGUGUGUGCGCAUCGUCAUUUGGUAAUGACCAAUUCCUUAUGUUUCAAUGUGUGCAUGGACUUCCCCAAUUUACGUACAUCAUAUAAUUAUGUUGUUAUAAACUUAAUGUGUGCACCCCUUUUGCACAAGGAGACAUUUAUGCGUGUGCAUCUUGAUUUUUUUUUUUAAAAUCGCUAGGCGAGAAUUACAAUGUAAUGUAUGAACUUAUUCGUGUUUUACACGUACAUUAUGGUUUCAUAAAGGUAAAGACAAUCCUUCAUAUAUAAGACAGUUAAAUUGAUAUGUGUGCACACCAGUAUUUUACACAUGUAUUACACGUUGACCUGUCAUGGAUUAUAUGCGGUGACCUACAGGCAUGACAAUAAAAUAGAGUUUGACCCCCAUUUAAUAAACCACGGUGAAUUAUAACAGAUUAGUCUGUGACGUCAGUGUCAAGUAUUACGUAAUAGCCGUGUAUUAAACUGUGCUAAACUCACCCUUGGACUUUUGUCAUUAAUUUCAAUCUAACGAAGACAGCUACAACCAGACAGGCCCAGAUAUGAUUUACACUUAAAACAUUUAUCAUUUGUCUAGUGUAGUCAGCAUAUUUAUUGCACCCAUUAGUUUGACUUGCUCGAGGAAAUUACUAAUUAAAAUGCAUUAGGCCUACAAUUUCGGUUCGUUUGUUUUCUGAGUUUUUACACUGCAACAUCGUGAAUGAACGAAACGAAAUUUGUAGAUAACAUUCAUUAGGGCUAAAUCUAUUUGUUAAGGCCAGCUCAAUUUUCGUCAAGGUUUUUGAGAUGUAAAUAAGGUUAGGGCACGUGAUUGUUGGCGAGAUUGUAGGUUAGGGCUAGGGUAAGCAUUAGGUCUAGGUCUAAGGCUAGGGUUAGGGUUGGGAUUAGGGCUAGCCCUGUUUACCUCCCGUGACCUUUGACCAAACUUGAACUUGGCCUUAUCAAUUAGAUAUAACCUACUAAUUAGUUAUGUUCCCUCAGCUUCGUCUAUUUUCCGAUUUUUACACGGCAACAUCUUGAAUGAACGAAACCGAUUUAUGUAAGCUAUUGACUUGUUUCGGUAUCCCGUGA